AUGGCUUUACUUGAGAUUGCUUGCUUCUCGAAGGAGAGUGCGAUACUGGCAUAUGAAGCUGGAGCUGACCGGAUCGAGCUUUGCGACAAUAGGGAUGCUGGCGGCACGACUCCUCCCUCGGGUUGGCUGGAUGUCCUACGAGGACGGGUUGAUAUCCCUAUAUAUGUUAUGAUCAGGUCGAGAGGUGGCAAUUUCACUUACUCGGAAGUCGAGUUCGAUGAGAUGAAGGACAGUAUCAGGGAAUUGAAGUCACGGGCUGCAGGCUUUGUGUUUGGUAUACUGGAUCCUCAACGAAACAUCGACAUACCCAGGACUACAGAGUUGGUGAAGCUUGCGAGUCCACUACCCUGCACGUUCCACAAAGCCUUCGAUGACACGCCAGAUGUCUUCGCCGCAUUGGGAGAUGUCAUCGACACUGGCUGCUCGUCUAUACUAUCAUCUGGAGGAGCAUCAAACGCCCUUGCCGGGCUUGGGACUCUAAAGCAAUUGGUUCGCAUGUCGGAACGGCGCAUAACGAUCAUACCAGGAGGCAGCCUUCGAGCCAACAAUGUCGCAAUCAUCCGUUCGUAUACUAGAGCAUCGAUAUUUCACUCGUCAGGCAUACCGAAAGGAGCAAAGCAGCCUCAUCCUGACGAGAUCGAGAAGAUGAAGACUUUGCUCAACGAGCAUGAUACCGCAGCACUACCACCUAUCGACCCACCAUCCCCGCCGAUGUCGAGAUCAAGUGAUGACGAGGGCUCGAUCUCGGAUAUGCUUAACAGCGCAGUGUCCAUUGGCCCUGAUCCGAAAAGCAGGCAAGGCUCAGGAAGCUAG